GGCUGAUUGGUGGCGUAGCACUAGUAUCAGGGACCAUGAUCGGAUCCGGUAUAUUCAUGUCCCCUCAGUUUGUAAUGGGCUACGUUGGAAGCCCUGGAGCGAGUCUUGUGAUCUGGGCAUAGUGGGCAUCUACAUACUGAGGAUCUAUGGUUCAUGCCCUGCUUUUUUUUGCAGCAAUCACUUUUGUUGUGGUUGUGAAGCCGUUUGGCAUUGCACCAGUGGCGAUUAGCAUUGCAGAAUAUGCUCUUGCACCCUUUUACAACGGCUGCCAACCUCCUGAUCUGGUAGUGAAGUGUGUUGCAGCUGUGGCUAUACUUGUCGUCGCCAUAGUAAACAUCUUGAAUUCCCGGAUUUUCGUCAGAAUCCAAGUGGUGUUCUUGGUGGCCAAAGUGCUGGUGUUGACAUUUAUUGUUAUCGGAGGAAUAGUGAAGCUCAUACAGAGCAGCAGUGUCAUUGUGGAAAAUUUGAAAGUUGAGAAUGCAUUUAAAGGCACUCAGUACUCUUUGAGCACUCUGGGAAUGGGUGUUUAUCAAGGACUCUGGUCUUACGCUGGGUGGUACAACUUGAACUAUGUCACUGAGGAGCUAAAAAGACCUGAGGUGAAUCUCCCCAGGGCGGUUGUGAUUGCCAUUUCUCUGGUGACUGGCUUAUACCUGCUGGUGAAUGUGAGCUACCUGACGGUUAUGACGCCAAAAGAGCUCAUGUCCUCAAGCGCUGUAGCAGUAACCUGGGGGAACAAAGUGUUAGGAAGCUGGGGCUGGACCAUGUCUGUGGCCGCAGCGUUGUCUGCUUUCGGAUCACUGAACGGAACGUUCUUCAGUGGGGGCCGUGUGUGCUUUGUUGCUGCCAGGGAAGGUCACCUGCCAGAUAUCCUAGCCAUGGCUCACGUCCGCAGACUGACUCCAUCUCCAGCGCUGAUCUUUACCACCGUGGUCUCUCUUCUGGUGCUGAUCCCCGGAGACUUCCAGAGCAUUGUCAACUUCUUCAGUUUCACUGCCUGGUUUUUCUAUGGCAUCACCCUCUCUGGACUUGUCUAUCUCAAGAUUAAGAAGCCGGAGCUCCCCAGGCCAUACAAGGUCCGUAUCACACACAUUCAAUCUUAAAGAGGACCUAUUAUGCUUUUUGGGG